AUCUGCGGAGGCGGGACUCUGCCUGCUCGCGCUCCCAGGAGGCGAUAGAUGCGUGAGCUGUACUUUUCUACUGUGUUGGAGCGCUUCGCAGUUUUCGAGCUGAGUCCGAGCGUCAAGUGAACGGCGUGCGGAAAGCGCAGUGGGACUUCAACCGUGGAGAAGUUAUCGAAGGAGCCUGUAGUAUUGAUUGCAGCAGCCUGCACCUGGAUAAGCCCCAUCAUCAGCGCGCGGAGAAGCGAAAGAGCGAAGAAAGUGUUGACGGCAAGCGGGCAGCUGUUAUAGAAGGAAGGCAAUAUGAUGGUGAAGCAGCACAUGCUGUUUACCCUGUACAGCAUCUGCGGGAUCGUCCUUAAAGAUAUUCUCGCCGUUUCAGUGGCGGCCACGAAAAACAAAGUGAGAGGAGCUCAAGGCCAGUUCCCUAUCGUCCAGAACAUGACUGUGACAGAAGGAGGAAUAGCCAACUUGACCUGCCGUGUGGAACACAAUGACAACACUUCCCUCCAGUGGUCAAACCCUGCACAACAGACGCUCUUCUUUGGGGACAAGAAAGCGCUGAGAGAUAACCGGAUUGAGCUGGUCCGAGCCACGUCGCAGGAGUUGACGAUCAGCAUCAGCGAGGUCACACUGGCAGACGAGGGGAUGUACACCUGCUCCCUCUUCACCAUGCCUGUCAAAACAGCCAGGGCUUUCCUCACCGUCCUGGGUGUGCCUAAGAAACCAGAGAUCAAUGGACUCACCAAGCCUGUGAUGGAGGGAGAUCAAAUCACUCUGACCUGUGUGACCUCUGGCAGCAAACCUGCGGCUGAUGUCCGAUGGUUCAAGAAUGAGAAGGAGAUCAAAGGUGCCAAAGAGGUGAAUGCCAGCGGCAAGACCUUCACAGUGAAGAGUUCCCUGCAGCUCCAGGUGAACCGGCAUGAUGACGGUAUGGCCUACACUUGUAGAGUGGACCACGUGGCCCUAACUGCCACCCAUGAAGAGAUAACACAGGUUUUAGAAGUCCACUAUGCUCCCUAUGUAGAGAUCAAACACUCCAUACCAGCCCCACUGGAGGGGCAGUACCUCAAACUGGAAUGUGUACCUCAUGGAAACCCCUCGCCAGACCCAGUACUCUGGACUAAAGACGGAGGAGAGCUGCCAGACCUGGAGCGUGUGAUUGUUGAAGGAAGAGAGCUCACCUUCAUGGCACUGAACAAAACAGACAACGGCACCUACCGCUGUGAAGCUACCAAUCACCUUGGCACCAGCCAUGCUGAAUAUAAGCUGGUUGUUAAAGAUGCCCCCACCACAUCGUCACCAUCCACAACUUCCCCUGCACCCACCCUCCCAGACACUACAGGUCCCUUAGACUCCAAGCAUCUCAAUUCUGCUGUCACCGGUAACAGAGAUCCUAAUGCCCUGCCAGGCCCGCCAGACCAUGCUCUGAUUGGUGGAAUUGUCGCUGUUGUCGUCUUUGCAACUUUGUGCUUAAUUAUUGUAUUGGGACGCUACCUGGCACGGCAUAAAGGCACGUAUUUGACAAACGAGGCCAAAGGAGCGGAUGACGCCCCGGACGCAGACACAGCCAUCAUCAAUGCUGACGGCAACCACGCACACGCAGAAGAAAAGAAAGAGUAUUUCAUUUAGACUGCAAGUGGCACUGCGCUCUUCUCUCUCUCUCUCUCUCUUUCUCUCUCCUCUCGUUCCUCCCCUGC